CCGAGCGGCUUCUGCUCACCAUCAUAAAGCUCAACGCAGCGAGUGUUUGCUUUAUUACUCACAAUCUACAAAGAGUUUACACAUUUUGAAAUGAUGUGAAUGAAGAGCCAAUGGCCAGUUGAGAUUUGUUCACUGCUGCAACCUAAAAAAAUCAAGUCACUUUUAGAUCAUAGCAGUUUUUGACAUUAUUUUCAUGACACAGUACGGUAGUGUUUGCUGUUAUUAUUGCUGUGCUGCUGUAAUAAGGUUUUGGGGGAAAUGAGCUUGCAGAACAAAUUCUCAAAUAGGCUUUGUUUUUUAUGCAAUGUUUGUUUGUUUGUUUGUUUGUUUGAGUUAGGGUUACGGCUGGAAUAUAAACAAGACAGGAGACUCAAUCAAUCAAUCAAUCAAUCAAUCAAUCAAUCAAUCAAUCAGUUAUAUUACAAUAAUGUGUCUCUUAACCUUUUGUUACAAUGUAGCACAAUGUAAAUUCUAGUCGACUGUCUGUGGUGGAGGACAUUGCUUUUAUUUAUUUCUGAUUGAAUUACCAACAAGCUGUUUCUGUCAGAAGUCCAAUGGCAAAACUCUUUGAUGUUUCUCAUCAUUGUGCAUGAAAGAGCUUUUACUCAUUAUAAUCAAAUCACUGUCCUGCUAACACUCGCAUAAUCAAACUUCUUCAGUGAGUUCCUCACAGAUUCUUUAAAGCACGUGUACAUCAUGUUUUUAAGUACUAGAGCGGAAACUCUUCCUAACAGUACAUUCACAAGGGGUGUAUAUUUUUUAUAAAAAAUACCUUAACACAUCACACAUUGUAUUUGGAUAACAUUGUAUUUUAUCAAAUAUCUAAAUAACCUGUAAAUAUAAAUAUGUUUUAAUACCAGCAUAAGCUAGUAGCUGGUUUAAACUGGUCCUCUCACUCUGGCAAAGCUGGUGGGGCCAGCUGGUCUUCCAGCCUGACCAGCUAAGCACAGCUAGACCAGCUUGCUACACCAGCAAUACCAGUUAAAACCAAGCUGGAAGCUUAUGCUGGUCUUAGCUGGAUUUUUCAGUAGGAAAACGAAAGAAAGAGAAAAAACUACGCUUAACGUUAGUCUCGAGUUAAAAAGCAAAUGGCCGUUAUAUUCUAAAUUACGUGAAUUUGCGCUUUUUGCAGAGCACAAGAGAAGGCUGGUGCAGAGAAGCACGCACAUAUCAGACGUGCACACUAAAGGAAUAAUGGGUUUAGUUAUGCUUUUACUUAAUUUCCUCAAAAAAACCCAACAAAUAACCAUUAGAGAACACUCUGUACAAGUUAUUUUUAGGUUCACAAAAAUAACCAAAAACUAACAUUAGGGGAACGUUUUGUGUUUGCAACUAGUGUGAGCCUGUCAAUUACGGCUGCUUUCAGCCCCGACAAAACAUUGCAUAACUUUUUUUAUGAAGCAAGAGUUGCAACUAUGGUAGCUGAGAAGGCCAUUCUUUGUGUUCUUUCUUAAAUGUUUCCAGUGUUUAAUGUUGUAAAAUACGCUUGAUGUUACAGUCACUGCCCUUGCCCUCCAGAAUGAAAGAGAACAUUCCAACUUGGACCCAUUGUGUGAGCUGUCUAUUUAGUACCGCGGGAUGUAUUUACAUGCUGCUGCUGCUGCUGAUUGGACUGCAGUUACAGACACACCCAUCAAACAAAAGAAAACGUAUAUUAAACACCAGUGGAUAAACGGUGCAUGGUGUUUCCAGGAAUCAUGACGUUCUACCCAGAAACCAAAGCAAAACAUUGCGCACUGGUUUGAACUGGAAUGUGCCCUAGGUUGAUUCAAGACCGGAGCAAUUGGCUGUUGGCCAUGCUUCAGACAAGCCUUCUGUCAAGCGUUAACGCUUUUUGUAAAUGUAUCGUAAUGCCUUUUAGAUGGAUGUGUCUCUUCAAAUCUAAACUUCUGUUUGUGAGAGUCCACUGUAUUAUAGCGAAGGCUUUACUGCUGCUGUAACGCAUUUUUACUUUCUGUUCUGUGAACACCUCAACAGAGUUUAAUAAGCAGCUAACUGUAACUUCGAUUGGUUCAGGUUCAUCUGGUCAGUGAUUUCUUUCUGAUUCCUCAGGUCUCUAACUAACGCAACAUUCUCCCCGGAUAACACAAUCGUCAGCAUCCAUUCAGGUUGUAGCGGUAUUUGAGACAGCAGUUCCCUGUCGAGAACGUUCUCUCGACAUUGCGUCCGUCAGUGGCUGACGCUAUGGGAUUGGAUUCUCCAAUCACGAUUCCCCUAAAGCCUUAUUACACAAUGCCAGUGCAGUUAGAACUCGCGCUGGCCAAUGACAUUCAAGAUGGCAUAGGAGGCAUGGCCUCUUAAGCCCGGAAUACACUGCACGAUUUUUGUCCUCUUAUAAGAUCAUUACCUUAUCACACUGUGCGACAUGUAUCAUUUAAACUCGGGUACGAGAGGCGUGUAGACUGUACGAUGAUUACACGGAAGCUUCGGCGGCUGCGUCACACGUUGCGCAACGUCACCAGCAUGCGCUCGUGGUAAACAAAUACCGGCCCGCAGGUCGUAGCAGCAAACACACUGUGCGGUGAUCAUGCCGACUUUCUGACACUGCCAGAAAACUGUCGUAGGCUAUCUUUGGACGCAAGACCGGGAAAACGGCCAUCUUUGAACCUCUCUCACUGUACGACAUAGGACCACCGAUGGAGAGCCACGAUCACAGAAAUCGCGACGAUAGUUUCACGAUGGCAAUCUUUCGUCUGGGACGGCCAAUUAUCGUGCAGUGUAUUCCGGGCUUUACUAUAAUAGAAGCCGUCCUGAGUGAAUAUCUUCAGUAUUUUUUUCAUUCACGAGCAAGAUUUCCCUACAAUGAGACACCUGUUGAGUACGCAGAUAAGACGGACGUCCCUCUUAGCGAUCCAGAUGUUGCGGAUAUGCUCGCGGUGCAGAGCUCUUUUAAUCUUUUAUUUUUUUACAUUUAUUCAUUUAGCUGAUGCUUUUAUCCAAAGCGACUUACAAUUGCUAUAUAUGUCAGCGGUCGCACGCCUCUAGAGCAACUAGGGGUUAAGUGUCUUGCUCAGGGACACAAUGGUGUGUCACAGUGGAUUCGAACCAGGUCUCUCACACCAAAGGUGUGUGUCUUAUCCACUGCGUCAUCACUGCCCGAUUCGCACAAGCUAUGUAUAAUAUGUCUGGGGCUUCUCCACGGAGAGACGGCGUUGAUUGGGUCCGAGUGCCCUCAUUGUGAGGAUCUCCCAAUGAAAGUGCUCAGGACUCGGCUCAACAUCCUCACUGCAGCCUCCCAUUGCUGCCAAAGUGCUGCUGGUGGAGGCUCAGCCACUGACGGGGGCCACGCGUGCGCCUGAGCCAGGAGCUGCUGAGUCUGUCUCCUUUGGGGUUCCUGCAGAGGAGAAUGUGAUGUCGCUAAUGGCAUCUGAAAGAGAUUUGGACCAGUCUCCGCGUGGUGCGUUGGAAGCGGACACCCAACCCCCCUCCUUUCAUAAAGAGCUGGUGCGCAUUUUUUCUAAGGCUCUGCAGGACUUGCAAAAGCCCCAGAGGAGCAAACUCGAUUCAUGGUUCUUAGACUUGUGCCACCGCUCUAAGGAAAAGUGCCCCUUUUGUCCCCUACCUGCACGACGAAGUCACCAAAGCAUGGGUGACCCCCCAGGGCAUCAACAGUCACUCCGGCGGGUCAGAGAUAUUUUCCAAAGUGGACGGGGCAGAAGCCUGUGGAUACCUGCACAUCCCCCGUAAAGGGCCUGGUCUAAAGGUGCAUUUAUCCAGGAUUUAUGCUUGGCUGUUGGUUGGUUGUCUCAGAACACCUUUGCUAGGUUUUACAAUCUGUAUGUCUCCUCAUUGGUUUCCCGAGUGCUCUUGGGGUGCACGCCCUCUACCCCCAGUGUCUGACAUACCUGCGGGUUUCUAUCAGGUCAUGUGUGGGAGUACAUAUUUUGAGAAUACACUAGCGCCGGUCCCUGCUCGCCCACUGAGUCAGUUACCAUGUACUGGUAUUUCGGAUUAUUCCCUGCAUUUCUGACGCCGGAAGUCAUCCCCUUGCUGGAUGCUGAGUCAUGUGUACUGCACGUGGAUUAUUUCCUACAAACUUUAACGGCAGACUUUGUUUGCCCGUUGGGCACAUCAACAUGUGACUGCAAGAGUGCUGUGUUCACUGCUGCUUGCCCAGUGAUCUAGACACUUCCACAACAAAACAGAAAGCUAUUCCACCGCUUUUACUCUCGUCUCUCACAAACACUAUAAUGAACAAUGACAUCAGUGAGAGUUACGGUAAGUUUCUUGGCACUAUUUAAAGGUGCUUUGUGUAGAUUUAAGUGGCAUCUAGUGGUGAGAUGGCAAACGCAACCAACGGCUCAAUCCACUGCUCACCCUCCCUUUCGAAGCACACAGAGAAGCUACGGUAGCAGCCACAGGACAAACAUGUCAUCACCUGAGAUGACAUAGUGAUGAAAUGCACUCUCUAGAACAGUUUGUCUGUUUAGGGCUACUGUAGAAACAUGACAGUGACUUCUAAGUAAGAGGACCUGCCGUGUAUAUGGAAAUAAAAACAGCUCGUUCUAAAAACAGUACAGUUCAUUAUGCAAGGUCUUUAUACAUCACUGAUAAUAUAGUUAUGUAGAUUAGAUUGCAUUUCUGUCAAGAGAUCCUCCUAAAAUGUACAUCCUGCACAUUUAAGAUUAGUUUUAAAGUUUUUAAAUUUCACAUGCUAACAUAUGCAAAAGGUACAUAUCCUAAAGUAAACGAUGAUGCGAGUUAUCGUCUCCAACAUAAAUCUCUUUCCUUGGACUGUCUGCAGCAAACAUACGGAUUGUAGUCAACAGUUUACUUCAAUUGGUGAUGUAGUAAAGACCGACAUUAUCAUAAUUCCUCCUGCUUUGACUCACAGCCUGUAAGUUAACUUCUGUUAGCAACCGAAUCUUUAAAAUAUGGUAAGAAAUGUCACAUUUCCUGCUGACCUUAGAGGUGUUCAGACAACUUUGUAAAAAAAGUUUGUCUGUUAAGGACUUCUGUAAACAUGGCGGCACAAAAUGGCGACUUCCAUGGAAGGGGACCCUCGGUGAAUGUAGAUAAAAACGGCUCAUUCUAAGGUAAUAAAAACAUAACGGUGCAUAUGAAAGGUCUUUAUACACACCUGAUCAUAUAGUUUUGUAUAAUAUUUUGCAUUUAUGUCAAGAGAUACUUCUUAAAAUUACACACUGCACCUUUAAGGUCCUUCCAGCUUGACCAGCUUAAAAAGUGACCACAGCUAGACCAGCUUGCUACACCAGCAAUAGGCCCACCAGCUAAAUUGUUGGACAGUAAUGCAGACCCAAGGUCAGCCGAUAUCAAAAUGUAAGACAAUAUACACUAAAUAUGUAUGCUAUUAUAGCAGAUGUACAGAGAACCAUUCCAUAUAUUAUAGAUGUCGUGUUAUCAUUUAUCAUCACUGACUUCAUUUAUGAAAUACUACAAAGUCUUUUAUAUACACAACAACAGCUCAUAUUGGGGUGGAAGGAAAUAAAGUGGUGGAUAGCGUUAGCCAAACAGGCCAUACAAUUUCCAGAAGUUGAUAUUAAAAUUGCAUUGAGUUAGAAUGAGAUAAAAAGUAUAAUAGCUAAAGAAAUUAGGAAGAAAUGGCAGAAGAAAUGGGACAGUGGAAACAAGGGUCGACAUUUAUACAACAUUCAAAGAACAGUUGGUUUAGAAAGAAGAAGCAUUGGAAAUAGGAGGAAGGAUGUUUUAAUUUCAAGAAUGCACAUUGGCCAUUGUUUAGAAUGUUUACUAAAUUAAAGUAUGGUCAGAAUUGGGAAACACCAGACUGGGUAUUGUGAAAAAUGUCGUUCGGAAAAUAUGGAAACAGUUGAACAUGUAUUACUAAAAUGUGAGACUUAUGCAAGAGAAAGAUUUCUUGUUAUUCUGUUAGUACAGUCUAUCACACAACAGCUGUGUCUCAUUUAGACGUGCCACUCAGUGGGCGUAACCGCAGUCCCUCUCGCCGACGGUGACGUCAUGUGCAUACCCUCUAUUACCGCUGGGAGCGCGCGUCACUGCUGAUCGUAGAUCGUAGGCACAAGAAAGAACGUGAUCGUGACGUCACUUCCCCAGGAGAUUUUCUUAAGCUAUUUGUUAGUGAAGUGAUCAUCAAGAGUUUCUGUUUUUUAUUUUGUUUUAUGUGUUGAUGUCGUCCGGAGGAUCACACUGAAGUUGAUAUUAAUGACGUGCCAAUAAACUGCAGGAAUCUUUUGACUUCAGGCAAAACUCAGGAAGAGGUGUGACACAAUGAGAUGAGAUGCGAGCGAGGCGUCUGUAUCUCCAUGUGCAGGGACACAGUCAGACUGACGUCAACAAUGCUGUUGCAAGAAUAAAGGAAAUCAUCUCGGAGGACGUUUUGCGGUUAUCAAAUGGGCUACAACCUCUUGUGAUGCCCACCGUCCCAGUGUACCGUCAACCUCUUGCAGCGGCCGACACCCGACCCCCAAACAUUCCCACGAUUCCUGGACACAAGCCGCCCCCUCCUCACUCAGGGGCCUGGACCGAUCGCAACCAUCCUUUAAUGCGAAUGAGCGAUGUAGAGGGGCGGUCCGGCUCAUAGCUACAGCACAUUCAGUCUGAGAUGGGCGCUCGUGUUUUCCUCAGAGGUAAAGGUUCUGGAUACAUCGAGCAGGCGUCUCGCCGCGAGUCUUUCGAUCCGCUGCAUCUGUACGUUAGCCACCCGAAUGCAGCAGGACUGGAGGCGCCGAAGAAACUGUGUGAUAAUCUCCUGGAGACGUUGACUGAUGUCACAUCAUUUGUUGCAGUUUACUCCACCAGUAACAGCUACAGCAGCCAAUCCUGGUACAGCUACCCAGCGUAUCCUGUGUCCGCUGGCUUCUGGAAUAACUUUGGCCAAUCCCAGCUGUGCAACAGUCCAGUGCAGUAUCCCGUGUGGUCGCAUGAACAAACAGCUUUCAGGCAGCAGGAUGAGGUGUCUGCAGGUGAUUUGGUGAAGGUCGUGACAGACAGAAGCUCUGAGAGUCUUAUGUUCAGGAUAUUGAUGCCACCUCUCGCAGUUCUGCUAACCUCAGGUAGAAAGAGACGAAGAGAAGAAACUUUGAAUAAAUGUUUGAGAGAGACAGCUGAUGAAGAGAAGAUGAAGACCAUCAGAGGAAUGCAGUCGUUCUUCAGAACUCAUACCGUAUGGAGGAAGAAGUGCAGUCUGAAUGCAUCAUUGCAACAAAAGACUUUAAUUUUGUAAAAUGUUUAGAUGCUGAUGAUGAAUCUGUUCCUAUGUAAUAAAAACACAAAGAGAG